ACCGAUUUUUAUGCUUAAAUUUUGGUUCUCGUUUUUUUCACUCUUUUUUAUGCAGCGUGAGGCAGACGUAGUUUUAAGUAGUUUCUUUUUAGAAACAUAUAUAGACAUAGAUACUUUUUGGAAAGAAGAAAAGUUAAUCUUGAUUUUUGAAAUACUUUUAUGUAUGGUUACUAAACUUUAUUAUGGAAUAUUUUGCUCCUGAAUAUUAGGUUGAUGUUCUCUCAUGAAUUUGUGGUCAAAGAAAUGUAGAGUCUGCUUUUUUUAUUAUUAAAAUAGCUUGUUUCAUGCAUUUUCUAUGCACAUGCCAAAUUUCAUCAAAAAAUAAGGAUAAGCAAUUAGUCUAAUUAGUGUUAUACCAAGUAUACCACUUUUUUCAGGUAGCCCUAGGCAAACGGUUUUUUGAGGUGGUUAUUUUUAGAAACAUAUAUUAACCUUGACAACUUUUGAAAGAAGAAAGAUUUGGCUUGAUUUAUAUAAACUUUUGUGUAUUGCUAACAUACCUUUUUAUGGAGUAUUUUGCUGAGAAUUUUGCAUGGAAAUUUGGCUGAUGUUGUAACAUAGAUUUGUAGUUGAAGAAAUGUAGAGUCUGCUUUUUUUAUUAUUAAAAUAGUUUUUUUCAUGCAUUUUCUAUGAACAUGCCAAAUUUCAUCAAAAAAUAAGGAUAAGCAAUUAGUCUAAUUAGUGUUGGACUUUAGGUACCUAAUUUCGAUUUUUUUGUUGUUGUUUUUUUUGGUAAGCAAAAUCCGGUAGGCGCCGAAAUCCGGAUAAGGGGGCGUUUCAACUAAAAAUCUUAUUUUGAAUUAUUGUAAUAUAUAUUAUUAGAUUUAAAAAAAUAUGGCAACAUAUAGCAAGAGUGUGUUAGAUGCCCUAACAGAAAAUCCUGCCCAGCUUUUUGUUGAUUUUUUGAAGUUUCUCGAAUCUACACAGCCCAUCACUGUUCCUUCUACAUCUGCUAUAAGGGUUACAUCUUCAGCACCUACUAUAACUAUUCCAUGUGUUCAACCUCCUGCUGUCGAAUCUACACAGCCUAUCACAGCUACAUUUACGUGUUCAACGAAUGUUCCUUCUACAUCUGCUAUUUGUGGUAUGUUUACAAGUUUCUACUUUUUAAUAUGUUUAUGCAUAUCUUGGCAAUUACAGUAUUUAUUUUUAAUCACAACUUUGAUAAUCUUUAGUUACAUCUUCUGCGGCUUCUAUGACUCUUCCAGGUAUUCAACCUUCUGCUGAGCUAACCUAUCAAGACUACCUAUUAUAUAGGUCCCAGCAUCCUGGACCCACCAGCAAUAGUUCAUUUAAGCGAUAGGUCCAGUUAGGAGGAAGGGACCAUAAUUCUUUUAAAUGGCCCUAUCAUCCUCCUAACAAGGGUGCUGGGAGCCGCAGCAGAAGGGGAGGUGGUCGAGGUCGUGGAAGUGGAGGAAGCAGAGGGAGAAGAUGGAAUGGUGGCAGCCGAGUGGUUCAUGGAGAUUAUUACAAUUAUUAGGCACCACCAUUCCUUUUUUUUUUUUAAUAUAUAUUUAAUUUCAGCAAGUUUAUUUUCCGUUCUUUUCCCAAUUUAUACAAUUAUCAACAUUUGCAUUAUAUUUUUUCAAAUUUUUACCCAAAAAAAUUUAAAAGCAAAACAUUGUAAUAGUCCCAAUGAAAUACUUUUUACACUUUUAAAAGUUGUAUUAUAUAAAUUUGUAAAGUUUAUACUAUAGAUAGAUGUGGACCUUUCAAUAGAAUUAGGUUUUUUUUUUAAGACUUUGUAGCCCACGUUAAAUAUUAUUUUAAAUUUAUGUGUAAUAUUUCAGAUGUUGAUAAAUGUGAAGUGUAUUUUGCAAACUUAUUUACUAUUCUUGUUUUAGUUUAUUAAAAAUGUUUGUUUGACUAUAUUAAUAGUUAUUUGAUUUUAUGUUAUUGUACCUUAU